UUGUCCCUUGCGGCGCACAGUAGAAACAGGAAGUACAAGGAAAGCUAACUUACAGCAAAACAAAAACAAAUCGAAGCCAAAUUGUUUCAAAAUCAUCGUGACUCAAAAUGGACAGUGAAAACCCAAAGUCAGCCAGUAACGAUACACGCUGCGUAUUUUUUAAUACACAUUCAGAAGACUAUCGAUGCGUGGUGAUAUUAACAGUAAAGCGAGCCACGGGGACCUUCUCCCUAGUAGGAUGCAUUUUCAUGCUGUUUGUGAUCUGGCUGCUUCGCAGGUAUCACUCUUUGGCUCAGAAGAUGAUUCUCAGCCUGACUGUAGCUGCCUUCUUCGACAGCGUAGCAUAUGUCAUGGGCGAGUCCCAUCCAGAGGGAUCUCUUUGUGACUUCCAGGCCUGGUGGCUAACGUACUUUGACUGGAGUGCCUUGGCCUGGGUUUGCCUCAUCACACUGAACCUGUACCUCAACCUGGUCAGAGAAAUAAGCACAAAAAGAUAUGAAAUGUUGUACCAUGUGAUGGCGUGGGGGGUUCCUCUGGUCAUGUCCUCGUUGCCUCUGCUCAAGGGAUACUACGGCCCCGCAGGAGCCUGGUGCUGGAUCACAGACGAUCACGUAGCCUGGAGAUUUGGGAUAUGGUACGUGCCUCUGUUCAGCCUCAUCUUCCUGAUGAUCUGCUGCUACGCCCGGAUCAUCUGUGUGGCCAAUGACAGGAUGCAGUCAUGGUUGGGAACUUUCAACCCUGAGAGAGAGAGACGAAAGGUUUCCUUGGCUGAGGAGAUCAAGCCGCUGAAGUGGUAUCCCUCCGUUUACCUGCUGGUGUCUAUCUUCCCUCUCAUCAACAGGCUCCAUAAUGCCUUCUACCCGCAGGAUCCAUCCUUCUCGCUGACCCUGUUGCACGUCCUGUCAGCGCCACUCCACGGCUUGGCCAAUGCCUUUGUCUUUGGCCUGGAUAGGGACUGGUGGAGCCUACUGAGCCCUACUGGCAUGCAGCUGGCUCUGCAGUCGCGGCUGUGCGACAGGACACGGAUUGGAGAGUACCACCCCGGGGCGGUGCGCUACACACAAGCUGACCUGGUCGACCUUAGCGAUGACGACGACGAUGACACGAACGUGCUCUUCUACUCGCCUGACAUGACCCUGAAAGACCGAGGGCCCUGA